AUGGACCCUUGCUUUGUUGGUGUCACAAAUAAUGCUCACCACCUCUAUACCCUGCUUUCCUGCAUAGGCUUUGCUUCCAAAGCAACCGUUCAAAUAACAGCCGAGGGGCUUCGGUUCUCCGUCGAGGAAGGGCGAGUAAUACAAGGCCUCGCCUUCUUGGACAAAUCCUUAUUCACGAGCUACAUUUUGAAUCCUCAGCCGGACGGAGGGGAUCAGCAAAAUCUCGGAAAUGAAGAAAACAACGAGAUAAUAUUUGGGAUCAACGACCUUUCUGAACACAAUGGCGCAAGAGACACCAGCAUCCCCCAGACGAACCCUGCAUCCAGCGCAUUUAGUGCCCCAUCUCUCCUCAUGGACCGCUCAUGCACGCUCCAAUACUCGUACCACGGCGCCCCGCUCAGCAUCGCCAUUACCGAGUCUGGCAUCAAAACAACGUGCGAGCUAGUGACCUAUGAGCCCGACGGCAACGAGGCUGACGUCCCACUCCAACGGGACGCUAUAAUCAUGAAGAUCAUCAUGCGGUCCGCAUGGCUGCACAACGCAAUCGCCGAGCUCGACUCCUCAAACCCCACAAUCCUCAAAAUAUCAGCCUGCGCCAAUAAAGAACCAUACUUUUCUCUAUCAGGCGCAGGUGGCCCUUUCAGCGAGUCCACCGUUGAGUUCUCCGUGGACCAGCACAACGAAAUAGUCGGAGGUGCAGGCCAAGCAACCCAGGCAUCAAGCACGCACAAAGUCCUCACCCAAGACGGGUCUUCGCGAAAUCGGGCUACCAGGACUAAGAACGCGCCCACUGUAACGGAGACAUUCCUCGUUUCGCCACCUCGCUCCAUGGGCGAGCGGAUUCGACAGAACUAUCGGUUCGCGCUGGUCCGCAAGGCUGCGCGGGCCAUGUUAGUUGCGAACAAAGUUAGUAUUCGUGGCGACAUACAAGGAGUCCUUAGCUUGCAGUUUAUGGUGGAGUUAGAUGACAGCCAUCCUAGUGGCAGGCCUGUUGGAGCCGGUGUCAAGGCUCCUGGGGGCCCUGUGUGCUUUGUUGACUUCCGCUUUGUGCCCCUUCUUGACGAAGAAGAUGCUGAUAUGGAUUUACGAGUUGAUGAAGAUUAG